AUGCAAAUGUACGUGGUACGCUCUAACGCAGCACUUGCUCCGACUGCGUUUGUGCACCCACAGGGCUACGCCUUGCACGAUUUGAUGAACGCCCUGGAGGUCAUGGACCCUCUCAUGGACGGCGGUAUGGAGUACCCUUCCUCGCUGCUGCCAGAGCGAGAACGCCCAUCCGAGCCACGCGUGCCGCUACCCGUGUCGCUUGCCCAAGAUGAAGUGUGCUGGGUCCUCGAUCGCCUCGUAGCUUGCGAGCUUGAGUGGCUUGCAGGCGCGACGCUCUCACAGACCCUCUACACUUGCACCUACUUUCACGAGUGUGUUCUCCAGGACGCUGUAACGUCAGAUCAUUGGUACCACGAUGUACUGCGCGCCUACGUGAUCGCCACUAUCAAGGGCUGUGCCCUGCAGUGGAUCGAACUGACGCGCAACCGCGUCAUAGACGGCGAAGACUUUAGCGGGGACCUCGGCGGCAUCGCGCUGCCAACCGGCAUAGAUGCACAUGAUGCUGCCGCGCAGCUCAAUGCAGCUACUGCGCGCAUCCCUGCUGAGCAAGCGCCUGCCAUCCGGCUGCGACUGCGCUGGCGGCAUCAUUGGCUCCUUGCACUUAGCGCUAUGACCAGCGAGGAGCCUGACGCCUCUUUGAUUGAUCUGCAUCUAAGCGUGUGUCGCAGCAUCUGGUCCAAGCUGCAACCUGAUGCACCGGCCGCGGACACACUGGCCCUGCAAGACGCGGCUCUGGCGCGUGUGCCGCCCCAUUUGCAGGCGUUCUUUGACAUCACACUUAGCCGCCACUUUUCCACGACGAUUCCCAUGCGUCCUCAGCCCCUGCGCGAAGCGCGCGCCGUGUGGGAGUGGUGGCACCGUGUGCUGCACGAGGAGGUGGCGCUGCCCCUGCCCCUCCUGCGUACCGAUCGCGUAGCGUGCUGGUGGAUGCAUAUGCGGUCGCACGCACUUGCAUUCCAGCAAAGGACGCCCAUCCCGUUUGUGCGUUCGUUACUGUCUACCUACGUGUCGGACGGCUACACGUGUGCAGGCGGUACGCGCGAUCUGCGGCACCUAGCCUCGAGCUGGCUCGAGGAAUGGACGGCGCUCUCCAUUGACGACAUCUAUACGCGUUUGGAGUGGCUUGAUGCACGGUACGCCUGUUUGACUGACCGCAGUGAGCCUGCCGCAGGACAGGCGCAGCGCUUGGACCGCUUCCUGCAGCGCCUCGCGGGCCUGGAGGCUGAUCACCUCGGUACCUAUGCGGCGAACCGCGCACGCCAAAAACGUGGCUUUGGCAAGUCGUACGUGGCGUGGGCCGAUCUGCUCGACGAAGCAGUGUCACUGAGUGCGCAUUUGGCGACAGCGCUGCCGUCCUUGUGCCCGCCCGACCUCCUUGUGCGCCCCGUGCAAUGUCUGGUUCUGACUAGUAUGGAGCAGGCAUUGGGCGCCGGCAUCGAGCUCGAACUGUACCUUGAGGAUGAAUUGCCGUGUUUGUACUGGCUGCUUGCCGAGAUCAAGGGUGAGCUUGAGGCCCUGCUCGAUGCAGCGCCAGGCAGCACACCUUGGCUCGCCUGCUUUCGGCAUGCUGUUGCUGCUGAGCGCCACAUGUGCCUGGCACAGUGUCUAGUGCGCCUCCAGCGCGAGGGCAACCGGGUGCGCGUGCACAACGCCAUGGCACGGCGGAUCAAGUGGCUGCGUCGGCCCGCAUGGUGCAUGCGAGCGCGGCUGCAUGUGGUCACCAAGCCAGACAGUCCCACUAUGGAGCCGCUUUGGGACCAGUGGACGGCGUUUGAACAGCACGCUCGCGGCACGGCGGUGCGUACGCGUGUACUGCAGCAUGUAAAUGCGUGCCAUACGCACGCUUCGGCGCAUGCACGGGCGGCUCCGAACGAUGGAUGGCUCUUGCUAUGCCAUGCCUCUGACGCGGCACACAUGCGUGGCGUGCACGAGGCGUGUGUGGCCCUCGGUGAGUGGGCGCGCGCAGCACCCACUGCGACUCUCGAGUGGCGUGCAUCCUCACAUCCGUGGUAUGCAGUGCCUACGUGGGUCUAA